AUGAUUGAAAAAUUUUUAAAUAAAAAUUCUUAUUCUAAUGAUAUUAUUUCUGCUAUUAAUAAGGCUAAAAAUAAAUUAAAUAAAUAUUUUUCAACAACUAAUGGACUUGUUUAUAUUAUUUCUACAAUUAUUGAUCUACAUCUUAAGUUACAAUAUUUUAAAGAUCAAGAACUUGAUGAUGAAUUAAUUGAAAUAUAUAAACAGCAAAUAAUUAAUUUAUGGAAAAAUAAAUAUAAACAAAUAGAAAAUUAA